AUGAAUGCACAAGGUUGGGACUGGGUGUUUUGCUUUGAUUGUGAUUCUCUUCAACGACAGCCGUUGGUAUACGAGGAUGGUGACAUGAACCAGAAACACCACUCAAUCUUUGAAAAGUUGAAUGAAUAUGUACGGGAAUUCAUUGUAACACAUAUCCAUCCUCAUGAUUUCUCGGUAACGAUUGGUUUAACAAAUCCUGGUUCAAUAAUGAGUGAAAUGAAAACAUGUUAUUUUGAACCUAUAGUUGCGAGUGAUGACUUUGAAAAGAAAAAGAAAUUUUGGAUCGAUCUAGUAUUUGCAAAUAUUCCAAUGAAGAAAGAAGAAGAUGUUACACGAUCACCAUUGGUCUCAUUACAUAUUCUUCAACAUGCAUUGCAACAUUUGUUGAUGAGAAGAGAAAUGACUGGAUGUCAUGAUCAACCAAUCAUUUUGACCUAUGUGUGUUCAGAAGUGAACUACAAAUCUUCUACUUUUGUGAAUAAUGAAUUGAACCGUUUGCUUACCUCCACUCUGCUUGCAAAUAUUCCCCAUAGAAUCUCUGUCAUUGGAAUAUCAACGACUUCCUCUAUGAUUGGAAUAUCGACUUCGUCACCAUUCACCACCCAUCGUACGACUUCUCUCAAAAAAGAUUGUGAACAUUUAGGCCUUACUUAUUUUGCUUGCUCAACAAGGAAAAGUGAAAUUUCAAAAAGUUUUAGCAUGGCCAUUCGAACUCAAGAUAUCCAACAACGAAAGUCAAGGAAUAUUUACCUUUUCGAUACGACAGCCUUACUUGAGAUGACAGAACAUCAAUUGGAAAAAUUGUUCGGCAUGUUACGAUCCGAAUGUGUUGCCAUUCCAGCCAAUGUCAUGAAAGAAUUACAUCCAUUGAAAUUGGUGUUUAAAAAGUGUUCCAAGUUUGAGAAUAUCAUUCAACGGCAAAAUAAUGUACGGUAUUGCAAUAAUGAGGGAGUGAGUCAUGAAAUUUCAAAUCAUUACGAUCAAAGAGAAGAAAAUCUUCUUUCUAUUGCAAGAUCUUUGAGAAAUCAAGGUUUUGUUGUUCUAAUUUUCUGUAAUUAUGAAGUGAUGAAUAAUUCCGAGGGAUUUGAAUGGUACACCCAUUUGAAAGAUUUUAAAAACUUCCAAAGCCUUUUUGCUCAUCCCCAUCAUUCAAUUUAA